UGCGCAAUGUGCGCAUUGUCUUCUGUCAUCUUGGCACAGCACCCCGGUUUUAGGGCAGGACAAUAUCUUCUGUCAUCACCGCAACCUCAGCAAGGUGAUCGGAUCAAACAAUGGGGAACAGAGACGACGAGUAUGAUUUCCUCUUCAAAGUCGUACUAAUCGGAGACUCUGGAGUGGGGAAGAGUAACCUGCUGUCCCGUUUCACAAGAAAUGAGUUCAACCUGGAGAGCAAGAGCACCAUCGGGGUGGAGUUUGCCACCCGCAGCAUCCAGGUGGACGGCAAGACGAUAAAGGCUCAGAUCUGGGACACAGCUGGACAGGAACGCUACAGAGCAAUCACCUCAGCGUAUUACCGGGGAGCAGUCGGAGCUCUCCUAGUUUACGACAUCGCCAAGCACCUGACAUACGAGAACGUCGAACGCUGGCUGAAGGAGCUGAGGGACCACGCUGACAACAACAUCGUCAUCAUGCUGGUUGGGAACAAGAGCGACCUCCGCCACCUCAGGGCGGUGCCCACUGACGAGGCUCGAGCCUUCGCAGAAAAGAACACGCUGUCAUUUAUUGAGACAUCAGCGCUGGACUCCACAAAUGUAGAAGAAGCCUUCAAGAACAUUUUAACAGAAAUCUACCGCAUCGUGUCACAGAAGCAGAUAGCGGACAGAUCUGCACACGAUGAGUCUCCAGGCAACAAUGUAGUAGACAUAAGUGUCCCCCCGACCACUGACGGGCAGAAGGGCAACAAACUGCAGUGCUGCCAGAGCCUGUGACACUCAACCUCUUGACACUCAUCCUCCACCUCUUUACAUCUCAACAUCACAUCACCUGUGCACUUUUUGCUCCCGUCGCUUUGCUUAUGGCCAACUCCCUUAUCACCCUAUCCUUUUAUUUUUUCUUUCUACCUUUCAUUCUGUUUUAUAUAGGACUUUUAAACUCACUUGUGCUCUUCUAUUCUGCCAUGAAAGAAAACUUCAAGAAGCCUUUAUGUCAUAGGUCAGUCGAGUUGUUCAUGGAGUCAACGUGAAGGUUUCUGCAAUGCAGGAACAAGCAGUGCUGUCUUAACAAAGCCUGUGAAGCUCUAAGAUGUUUGAACUGAAACUCUGUUGCCAACAGGGAAGUUGUGAACUACAUUUCAAUGGUUACCACGAGAUGGUGCUGUGUAAAUAAACCACAGGCGGUUACUCCAACCUGGUGAAGCAGUAUUAUGCGUUUGACAGCUUGGUUCCUAUAACUUUCUUGUGACAUCAGAUAAGUUAUCAUGCCAAAAAUAUCCUCAUUAUGUAUUUAUUGAAGAAUAUUUGGCUUAAGUUGUCAUUGUUUUACUUUAAAUUCAAGAACUGUAUAAAUUUACAAUAAAAUUCUUGACAAAA